AUGCCUUCUUUUUUUAAACUCUGCUUUGAAAAGGACAAUCACGUGGAUGAUGGUGAUGAGAAUCCAGAGCGCAGAAACUGGACCAAUAAAACAGAGCAAAUGCUCUCGAUGAUUGGAUAUGCAGUUGGCCUGGGAAAUAUCUGGAGGUUUCCUUACAUAGCCUACAGGAAUGGAGGGGGUGCCUUUCUCAUUCCCUAUUUCCUCAUGUUGCCUUUGUGUGGAAUUCCUCUUUUCUUCCUGGAAAGCGCCUUCGGGCAGUUUUGCAGCCAAGGUCCAGCCAAUGUGUGGAGAGCUGUGCCACUCCUGCAGGGUGUUGGUCUUUCCAUGGUCGUGUUGAGCUUUUUGAUGGGAAUUUAUUAUAACGUCAUCGUCGCCUACAGCCUGUACUACAUGUUCGCCUCCUUCCAGUCUCCUCUGCCGUGGUCCAGCUGCUUCAGCUGGGCUGACAGUAAAUGCAGCAGCAUGCCUAUAGUGUAUUGUAAUGUAAGUGGUGUUGUAGUGGCCAACUGGACUCAAGAAAACACCACAUGCCCUUCAUCCAACAUGAUCACAGUUCAAGUGCAGAGCCCGAGUGAGCAGUACUGGGACCACGUGGCUCUGCAGAGAUCCAGUGGGCUUGAUGAAACAGGACCAAUAGUUUGGCACUUGGCCCUCUGUCUGCUGAUGGGCACCAUACUUGUUGCUGCAGUGCUCAUCAGAGGCAUCAAGUCAUCAGGCAAAGUUGUGUAUUUCACAGCUACAUUUCCUUAUGUGGUGACUCUGAUCCUGCUGAUCAGAGGUGUGACACUAGAGGGAGCUAGAGAUGGACUGGAGUUCUUUAUUGGUUCCCAGUCCAAUUUGAAGAAGCUGACUGAAGGACAGGUGUGGAAAGACGCAGCAUCUCAGACUUUCUUCUCCCUAGGCAUUGCCUUCGGUGGAGUCAUGACUCAAGCUUCUUAUGCCAACUUUCACAACAACAUAGUCCUGGACUCAUUUGUUGUUAGCACCGUUAACCACGUUACCAGUGUCUUUGCAGGCCUUGCCAUCUUUUCAGUCCUGGGUCAUAUGGCUCACAUCUAUGGAAAGCCUGUUGGAGCAGUGGUGAAGGAAGGAUUCGGCCUGGCAUUCAUUGCAUAUCCAGAGGCUUUAGCUAAGCUUCCUAUUUCAUCUCUCUGGUCUUUCCUGUUUUUUUUAAUGUUGUUUUUAGUUGGCCUGGAUAGUCAGUUUACGAAUUUAGAGGUGUUCGUCACCUGCCUGUGUGAUGCCCUGCCUGAAGUCUCCGAACUCAAACGUGCUUUUUUAACUAUAAUGUCAGGUUUCGCUGUCUUCCUCCUAGGCCUGCCAUGUGUCACAAAGGCAGGAGUAUACUGGGUAACUCUAAUUGACCAGUUUGCUUCCAGCUGGGUGCCCCUUUUUUUGGCUGCCAUUGAGAUCAUUGGUAUCUGCUACAUAUAUGGAGGGAAUAGAAUAAUUAAAGACAUCGAGAUGAUGAUUGGAAAAAAGAGCUUUUGGUUCUGGCUUUGGUGGAGAGCAUGUUGGUUCUUCAUCAGCCCAUGCAUCAUAGUGAUUAUCCUGGUCUGGUCUCUUAUAACUUUUGUGCCCCCCACCUAUGGAGCGGUUCAGUACCCAACCUGGGGCUUGGCUUCGGCGUGGUGCAUGAUUGCAUCAAUCCUGAUCUGGAUCCCUGCUGUCGCUGUGUACAAGCUGAUCAGAGCAGAGGGAAGUCUCUGGAAGCGCCUGAUUUCACUGUGUUCUCCCACUGAUGAAUGGCACCCAUACCUGGACAUCCAUCGAGGAGAACGCUACUCAAAAGAAAACUGUAGCCAAAGCAAAGCAAAGCAGACGAACGAUAAGCAAAUGUAAAUGCAAUUU